GCCUUGCGUAAGGUGGCCCAGGCCGAGCCUAUAAAAGCCCGGCCUGCGGGCUCGGUGCCAGUGGCACCAUGGCAGCUGCGAGGGACACGGCGCUGCUGGCCUGCAUCCUCUUCCUCGGGGGCACGGCGCUGGUGGCCACAGAACAACCAGAAGCAGAGACCAAAUACGGGAGAGUGCGAGGUUUCCAAUUCAAAGUGGACACAGCUGACAGGACUGUAAAUGUCUUUUUGGGACUUCCUUUUGCUAAGCCUCCAGUUGGAUCACUGAGGUUUUCUGAACCCCAGCCACCUGAGCCAUGGGAAGGUGUCAGAGAUGCCACUUCCUACCCACCAAUGUGUCUACAGGACCAAGUACAAGGACAGAUAAUUUCAAAUAUGGUUACCAACAGAAAAGAGAAAGUUCCUCUGCAAGUGUCUGAGGAUUGCUUGUACCUAAAUGUGUACUCACCCGUUUCUACAGGAAAAAAGGAGAAGCUGCCUGUCUUAGUAUGGAUUCAUGGAGGGGGAUUAGUUGUUGGAGCAGGUUCAUCAUAUGAUGGCUCAGCAUUAGCAGCCUUUGACAACGUGGUGGUUGUAACAAUUCAGUACAGACUAGGUAUUGCUGGAUAUUUUUGCACUGGUGAUGAGCAUGCCCGAGGUAACUGGGGAUAUUUUGACCAAGUGGCUGCUCUUCGGUGGAUUCAGGAAAAUAUCAUGCAUUUUGGAGGAGAUCCAGGAUCUGUCACUAUCUUUGGAGAAUCUGCAGGGGGAGUCAGUGUUUCUGCUCUUGUCUUAUCUCCCCUGGCCAAGGGCUUGUUCCACAAGGCCAUUUCAGAGAGUGGCACUGCAGCCCUGGGCUUGUUCACUGACCAGCCUAAGGAGGAUGCACAAAAAAUUGCUGCUGUCUCUGGCUGUGACAAAUCCAGUUCAGCUGCAAUGGUUGAAUGCUUGAGAGGAAAAACAGAAGAAGAACUUAUACAGAUAACACUGAAAAUGGACAUGUCAGCACUGCAGAUCUGCAAUGACACCUCGCCUGAAAAGUGCAAACAGGAUUUCUUUUUCAUCAGUGCAUGUGCAGAUGGUGUAUUUUUUCCAAAGAGUCCCAGGGAAUUACUAUCUGAAAAAUCAAUCAAUGAGGUCCCAUACAUCAUAGGAGUAAAUAACUGGGAAUUUGGAUGGGCACUUCCUAUGAUGAUGAAAUAUCCUCCUUUCGCUGAUGGUCUGGAUAAAGAUGUCGCACGUCAAAUUUUACAGAGCAACUUGGCAUUAUUCAUUAAGGGCCUUACGUCCGAAGUUGUUGACAGAGUGUACAAGGAGUACAUGGGGGCUGCAGAAAGCCCUGCUCAGGUCCGAGAUGGCCUCCUGGAUGCAAUGGGAGAUGUCUACUUUGUCAGCUCAGCUGUGGAAGUGGCCAGAUACCACAGAGAUGCUGGCAACCCAGUGUACUUUUAUGAAUUCCAACAUCGGCCGAGUUCAGUGGAAGGUUUGGUACCAGAGUUUGUAAAAGCAGAUCAUGGAGCUGAGAUUGCCUUUGUCUUUGGAAAGCCAUUCUUAGCUGGAGGUGCUACAAAAGAAGAAAAUGAACUUAGCAGAACUGUUAUGAGAUACUGGACCAACUUUGCUAAAAAUGGAAAUCCCAACGGAGAGGGCUUGGUCCAUUGGCCUCAGUAUGACCUGGAGGAAAAAUACCUGGGAAUAGACGUGGAGCAAAAGGCAGCAGAGAAACUGAAAGAACACAGAGUGGAGUUUUGGGCACAGCUCAUGAAACAAAGUCAGACUGGACGGAGAAAACACACAGAUUUAUAAGAGCCGUGGAGGGUACAGUUUGCUUUUAAAAGCCAAAGGAAAGUCAAACAAAAUGAGUUUGGCAGCAUACAGAGUAAUAAUCACCUUCUAACUCACUGUUGUGUAAUCUGCUGUCCUAAUCACAGUGAAGGGAGAGAAACAAGGCCCAUUCCGCAUGUUUGUCAGACUGAAAAUCACUAUUUAAUGAAGCAGGAAGAAAAGAAAACCCCACCAUCUUUCCAGGUCCAGACAGACCAUGGCACCUACUCAGUGCAUACCAAAACUGAAUACUGAGGUGGGAAUGGGCAAAUGAACUGAAAUCUCUAAGAAAUGAUCUCUACAGAGUAUACCAUAAGUGUCAGACUAUGUUAUAUGCUUCUUCCCUUCUUCUUUCAGAAGAGCCUGGUCAGUUGUCCUUCCUAGAGACUCCUUCUGCUUUCCUUAACUGGAAAUAGCUUGUAGGCAGCAGAGCAUCCCUCACACUAGGUCUGUGAGGUGGGCUUGUCAUCUCAAAGAAGAGGGCAGAAAACCUCUACUUGUUUUAUUGGUUUGUGAAUUGUUAUGAUUAAAUGUUGCUUUGAUUUUUUUGGAACUUCCUUUUCUUUCACGUAAAUGACCCAUGCUGAUUCCGAGAGGUCAAGUCACAGGCGAGUGGCCAGAAACCCGCCCAGGUUCCUUCUUCCACCUAAAUGGUUUCAGGUAUGAACCUUUUCAGGUGUCUGUGCGGGACCUGAGGCUUAAGGCUUUUUCACAAACUCUUCUGGGGUUUGACUGUGUGUCUUUCAACCCUUCCUGGCAAAUGCCCAGUCCAGUGGCUGCAGGUGGACGCAGGGCUGGCAGGACAGAUGCCCACAGAGGCAAAGGCUGGUGGUGCUCCCUGCAUGUUGUUGGCCCAGCACCACCAGAGAGAAGAUGUGCUGACAGGCAGAGUGUGCACCCCCAGCCUCACACAGCUGGGGAAGGGGUCAGGGCACACAGGGAGGGAAGUGGCUUUUUUGCCAAGUUACAUGGCAAGCAGGAUACAAAUGAACAAGAAGGGAAUCCAGGAAGCCAGGAGAGCUCUCCUCAUGACCAUAAACAAACAAACAGCCCUACUCCAACUGUCCCUUUAACUGGUGCCCAGCUCCCACAUCCCACAGCACCCAGGGGGCUCUCACAGUGACAGCCCAAGCUCCUGCUGCAGGUGUUGACCCUUUGUAGGUGUCUCCUUCUUCCUCCUCACCUCUGGCUUCACUUGCUUUUGCACACCUGUCGAUCUCAAAAAGUGCUAUCUGCACUACCUGGCCACCCCCUUUUCUCCAUUUUUUCAUAACUUGUGAAAAACACCUCUUCUGGCAAUUAGUAACAGCUAAUUGCAGCAACCACACUGCCAGUUCUGUCACACAUUUCUUACCCCUUCCCCUGUUUUGGUCUGACACAGCCUGUACGUCCAUUAGUCGUGUGUUUGUUGAAUCCAUGUGUCUGUCCUUCUACAUUCACAAAACUCAUUGUCCUAGCAAGACAGAAGAAAUCUGUGUCUUUGGGAAUGCAAAACCAGAAGCAUAGCUCCUGGGUAGAAGGGAGGUCUUUUGUUAGGCACACACGAUUACAAAGUAGUUUCUGACUGCGUGAGGGGAAGUGUUCUGUCCAUCUCUGGAUUUCAAACCCCAAAUAUACAGGCUGGUACACUGUCAAACAGCUGAGAAAGGACUAAAACCACGGCCACAGUGAAUAGCUACAUGUAAGCGGCACGUACUUACGUUAUGUUCCAAACCUCCUUUUAUUUCAUAGCUUUACUAUUCGUGGUCACUUGGUUCAGAUUCCCAGCUGCAACUACAGUUGAAGAAGUUGUUAGCAGUAUAUUUACUGAUACUAUUCAGCAAGAACUGCUGCUGUUCUGUUUUUCACAUGCUGUCAAUAAAAGCCUUAAUCUUUU